ACUUUUCUUAAUCUCUCACUCACUCUCAUCACUACCUUUACUCUACUCUCAACUCCAAUCCCUCAAAAACCGACAAACCACAAUUUCAACCAACUUCUAAGAUGGUGCUGCUUGCUCACGCUGGAAGCGGUGGCGGCCAGGCUUGCUCACCGCCACAGUUCAACAAAGCUAUUGCGGAAGAAAAACCAGUGGAAAUGGUGAGAGUCAAAUCAGAGCAAGUGACGUCUUCCUGCCGCUUCUUGCAGCAAAACGACGACGUUUCAAGCGACGAGUCUGAUAAGAAGAAGAGCAACUCGGAAGUGACGGAAGAAGAAGAGCCUCGCGUCAAAGAGGAGGUUGCUGAUGACGGCGCCGUUAACGUGUCGUCAUCUUCGUCGUCGGUGGAGUUGCCGAAACCGAUGGAAGGGCUUAACGAGGCGGGUCCGCCACCGUUUCUAAGGAAGACGUACGAGAUGGUGGAUGAUCCGGAAACCGACCCGAUUGUUUCGUGGAGCGAGAACCGCGAUAGCUUCAUCGUUUGGGAGUCUCACGAGUUCGCCAAAGUGCUUCUUCCAAAGUAUUUCAAGCACAGCAACUUCUCCAGCUUCAUUCGCCAGCUCAAUACCUAUGGCUUUAGGAAGGUUGAUUCAGAUCGUUGGGAGUUUGCAAACGAAGGAUUCCAAGGAGGGAAGAAGCAUUUGCUGAAGAACAUAAGGAGGAGAAGCAAGUACAACAAACUGCAUCAAGGAGCUUUCAUCGACCCAGCUAAGCCUUGCCUUGAGGCUGAAGUUGAGAAGCUGAAGGAGGACCAAAACAUACUCAAACUUGAAAUUCUGAAGCUGAGACAACAGCAAGAAAGUUCCCACGUUCAUAUCUCAAGCGUUCAGGACCGGAUUCAGAACGUCCAGACGAAGCAGUAUCAGAUGAUAUAUUUCCUCACCAGAAUGGCCAGAAAGCCAGCCUUUGUGGAACAGCUCCUCCAAAAGAUUAAGAGGAAGAGGGAGCUCGAUGGCACCGACAUGCUCAAGAGGCGCAGAUUGCUGGAACCAACGCCUAGUGUUGAUUAUAGAUGCCAACAAGGUCAUCAACAAUUGUCUACAUUGCAAUCUGAACUUGAUGGACUAUUGUCUGAAAAUGUGAUGAGCACUAGCAAUAAGAUAGAGCAAACUGUUCCUUCUCCUCUGGAAGGUGAGUUAUGCAACAAGGUACAAGGCUUGAGAAGCUAUGGUUUUUCAAGGGGUGGUGAUGUACCUUCUGCUUAUCAUGCCAUGACAGAGAACCUAUUGGGGGAAAAUAAUGGUGGUGCUGAUGAAGAACUUGAUGUGAAUGACUCAAAUAUUUAUCUUGAGUUGGAGGAUUUGAUUACUAAGCCAACAGAUUGGGUUGGUUCUGCAUCUGCAUCUGCUGGUGGCUUGGUGGGGCAAACUAGUUGAAUCUUUACAUAAAUGAAUGCCGUGACAAUGGUUGCAAGAGGGUGUUUGUGCACAUCUCUACUACAACCAAAAGAAGAAGAGCUCAAUAUUUUAAGGCUCUUCAAUUGCUAGCUUUCAAAAGCAGUGAUCACAUGACUCCGAUCCUUGUGUUUCCUUUGUUUCCUUGGUGUUAGGACUCAGUUAUUGGUGUAGGAAUUCACAUAUGAGCCUGUUCAUACCUUAGCCUCGUAUGUUGGAAGUAGGUCCUAAUUAAUAACCUCUGAUGUAAUAUACUAGAGAAUGCUGUUGUAAAUUUUAGUAGCUUGGUUUACUAAAGGAUGUAAUAAUGGAGAUGGAAAAAAACGCUGACUAGUUUAAGUUGCUACUGCUGCACAAGUAAACCUCCAAAUCCACUGUAAUAAUGCAACAAAUGUAACACAAGACAAGGAUUUACGUAUCCAUGUAACUAUUCUAGAGUGUCAACGAAAAUCACAAUGUCCUCCAAUAUUUUGAUGGAGACAAAUGUACUCUCAAACAAAUAUAAGAUCAAAUUAGGUGUGAAUAAAGAA